CAUGAUCAAAGGAAUCGGACCGUCAACUUUCAAACAGAUAGCGGGUUUCAUUAGAGUGUUUGCUGAUAAACCUAAAAUAAUAAAACCACCAGGAGAAUCUAGCGGUGAAGAAGACGAUGAAAUUAGCUGUGAAGUUGUUAAAAUCGGCGGAACGAACUAUUCUCAACCUAAUAAUGUUCACGUUAAACCUGGCCUUCAUAACAUUCUUUAUCCGAACUCAAUUCAAUAUAACGUUGCAAAACAAAUUUUACGUGAUGCUGGCGCCAAAGAGAGCGAAAUUGGAAAGGAAAAGUUCAUUUGCGCAAUCAAAUCCUAUUUUAUGAUGGCUUCUCUUAAAAAUUUAUCACAAAUAUACGAUGGGGUGUCAACUUUGGUAUUACAAGAACUAUGUACUAAACUCUGCAGUAAAAUCAAUAUAAACAAUAUCAUAAAACGGGAGCCGAUAGAGCAGGCAUCUAUGGAAGAUAUGAAGCGUAAAAUGGUAGAAACAGCAAUGGAGGGGAAGAAAAAACGGAAAAAGGUUGAAGUGAGUCCCAACGUCCUGGAUAAAACAUCCAUUCAUCCAGAAAAUUAUGAAUUGGCUGAAGAAAUUAUUAAAGACGCUUGUUUGAACAUUGCACACGUUGGUCAAGAACAAUUCUGUACUGCAAUGAAGAGUUUUAUGAAGUUUACAACCUUCGAAAAUUUGUCGUCUGUUUAUAAAACGGAAAUACCGAUUUUAAAGCAAGUACUAGGAGCGUUGACAGAGAAAACUGAGACUGAUAUUAGAGAUGAAAACGAAAAACCUCUUUUUAGGACAACUUUUAAAAAAUUCUCUGAUGUUGUCGAAGGAAAUGAAUUAACCGGAGUAAUAUCAAACGUAACUUAUUUUGGUGCUUUUGUUGACUUAGGCGUGGGAACGAGCGGACUCAUUCACGUUUCUAAAAUGCCUGAGAAUGCAAUAACAAACAAUGAAGUUUCUAGAGGUCAAAGGGUUUUGGUUAAGGUGAUAAAUGUCGACCCAAAUCGCAAUAGAAUUUCAUUAAAAUGGCUGAAAAAUUUAAAUUGA